CAGUAAACUAACAACGCCAAGCGGAAAAAGCGUUUGAUUUUUUUUUUUUGUUACAUAUCUAUGUAUAUAUUUUUCAAAAAUACAAAACAUAAACAAUGAAAUGAAUCCAACAAAACCAGAAAAGAAAAUAUCUCGACGAUCGUCGAUAUUAAAGCUGCCAAAAAAUAAAAAUCCAUCAGAGUAUGGAGAUCAAGCAGUACCAGCUGAAGAGAGUCCUCGCAAAGAUAACAGAAGAGUUAGCUUUGCUGGUAAAAAACAUGUCAAGGAAUUUUGCGAGUCGAAUUUCCAGGGUACAGUAUGGGAUAACACAUACGAAGAGAGUGAUUCAAGUCACAUGAAAACAAGUCAAACAUCAUUAUCUGAUGUAACACCUCCAUUAAACACAACAAAUGAAAAUAGUCCAAUUGAAAAUAAUUCAUAUCAAUUAAUUACAAAUCAACAUUUACAAAAUUUACCAAGAGCAACGAAUUAUCAUCUUGAUGAAUCCAAUGAUACCUUGUUGUUACUUGCAAAUAAAAGACAGUUAAAUCGUAGAAAUCAAUUGCCAUUAAACAACAAUGGUUUAGACCAAUUUAUUGAUAAAGAAAAUAUUCCCAUAUCAAUAGAAACAGAAAAAAUUGAAAGUUCACUUGUUGAAGAUGAAAUAAUACAACUAAGCCAUAAAACUAUUGAUAAAACAGAUAAUAUGUUACCAAGUUUUUCAAUUUAUUGUGAUGAUGAAGAAGAAAAUAAAGAUUUAAAAUGUUUAGAAAAUAAUGAUGAUACUGUUAUUGGUGAACUAUCAAUGGACUGUACUUUAACUGCAAAUCAACUUCAAAUUUCAUCUGACAAAUGUAAUAAUAAUAAUAAUAAUAAUUCAAUUGACAAUAUUAAUGAAUCAAAAGACAUGGAAAUAACUGAUAAUAUAUCAUCAAAUAUUUAUAAACAAGAAAAUACAAUUGAUAAUAAAACACAAUAUUUUGAACAAAAUGAAAUGGUCAUGACAGUGGCAGUAUCUUCACUGUUAGACAAACAAAAAAUAAUAUAUGAUGAAAAUGAUGAAAUUACAUCAAAUAAUCGGAUGUCAAUGACAACAGCAAUAUCAUCAGUUUUACAUCGUCCAUUGUUUAAUGAUCAAACUCGUAAAUUAGAUCAAAGCCAAAUGGAAAUGACUGAAGCAGGUCCAUCACUUUUAUGUAGACAAAUUACUGAUGAUCAAAGUCAAGUUAUUAAUCAAAAUCGUAUGGAAAUAAAUAAUGCAAAUUCAGCUGUUUUUAAUAAUAAAAAAAUAUCUGAUGAUCAAACUAAAAUAUUUCAUGAAAAUCGUAUGUCAAUAACAAGUGCUAUUCCAUCAGUUUUACAUAAUCAACUUGGUGAAGAUAAAACUAUCUUUUUUCAGCAUGAACGUAUGGAUACAACUCGAGUGGUUCCUUCGCAUUUACAAGUAAUGCUUUAUGAACAAAACCAAGGAUGUAAUCAAAAUCGAAUGUCAAUGACAACGAUGACUCCAUCAGUGUUACAGCAUCAACCAACAGAAGAAAAUCAACAAAGAGCUAAUCGUCAAAGUAUUAUGGAAAUGACUGAACCAGUCGCUUCGGGUUUGAGUCAAAAUAACGACGAGGAAGCAUCUGGUGUUGUUAAUGAAAAUCGAAUGUCAAUGACAACGAUGAUUCCAUCAAUGCUACAGCAUCAACAAUUAAGGAAUAAUCAACAGCGAAAUAACCGUCAAAGUAUGAUGGAAAUGACUGAAGCGAUUUCUUCUGUUUUGAGUCAAAAUAACGAGGAACAAUCAGAGGUGAUUAAUCAAAAUCAAAUGUCAAUGACAACAGCAAUAUCUUCAAUUUUACAAAGACAAGCGAUUGCUGUAAAUCAAACAAUUAAUCAAAAUCCCAUGGAAUUCACUGAAGCAAUACCAUCAGUUUUAAAUCAACCUAAAAAUACUGAUAAUCAAUCUCGUAUGACAGUUAUUAAUUCAACUUCUAAAUCACCAUCAAGAUUGGCCAAUCAAGUACCAUCUACUCAUAAUUAUCUUGAUGAAAUAACAGAUCCAAGUUUAUCAUUAAAAAGAAAUUAUGGAAUAAUUCGUUCACCACAUAAUUCAAGAAAUACAGAACUAUCAAGUCCAUAUCCAAAAAUUCAGAUAAAUAAAUCAUCAAAUGUACAAAAAAAUACAGCAACAGAUAAAGAUCGUGAAAAACUACAUAGAGUUUUACAUGAAGGUUUAUCAGAAGUUGAAUAUAGUCCAAUUCCUAAACAAUAUAAAAAUAUUUCAAUGGAAUUAACAACACCUGUACCAACUAAUUAUGUUAUCGAUCAAAACUCAACUGAUGAAAUGAUUUCAGUUAUAAAUGAAGCUGAUAAUUCAAAAGAAAUAAAUAAACAAAUUUCUACAAUAGUAAAUUCAACAAUUAUUCCAGAAAUGGGUGAUGAUAAAUCAAUUGAAAUAAAUAAAAAUUCUUCAUUUGUAAAUUCGACAAUAAAUCCAGAAGAUAAUGCAGCUGAUAAAAAUCCAAUUGAAUCAGCUGAUAUGUCGAAAAUAAAAAAUGUAAUUAAUGAAGAAAUUAUACCAGCUAUUGAACGAGCUGAAAUUUCAUCAAGUUUAUCAAUUGAUAAAGAAAAUCAUGAACCAAUUGAUAAUAAUCCCUCGACAAAUAAAUCAGUUGCAAGAGAACUUUUUGAAAUUAAUGAUAACGUGGCAUUAGAAAAUUUAGAUAAUAAUCAUUCGUCGAAUUCAACUAACGAAUCUAUUGCAUGUCGUCAUUAUUUCGAUGACAAUACAGCUGAUCAAAUAACACGACCAUUCGCAAGUCCUUCUUUUAAUAUGAAUACUGAAACAACUAAGACAAUUAGAAUUAUUCCAAAUUGUUUUGAAAAUUCUGAAUAUAAUCAUAGUUUAACAAUUCCAAUACAACAAUCAUCUACUGAUAAUCUUGAUGCCAUCAAAGAACCAUCAUUUUUUGAGAACUCAACUGAAUCUGUCGACGUUAAUGCUGUUUAUGGAAAUGAAAUAACAGCUAAUAUAAAAAUUUGGGAACGACAAAAUAUUCCACAAGUUAAAGAGACAAUUGAAAGUGGAAAUAAAUCAGUUGAUGAUCAUCAAGAUAAUAUAAAUAAUAAUGAAAUAAAUUCUACUGAUAAAACACAAGAAAAUAUAUCAGUUGUUAAUUUUUCUAAAGCAACUGAAAAACAUAAUACAAGUAUUAUUAAAAUUAACAAAACAAAUAAAAGAAGAAGCUUAGAUAUGUGUGAUGAUGAAAAAAUAAGUGAAAAAACAAAACGUUUUAAAUUAAAUAAUAAUAAUUAUUAUUCACAAGCAUCAAAUGAUGAAUCAUCAAGUUUAAAAUUUAUUAAAAAACCAGAAGAAUUAUUAAAAAAUAAAGAAACUAAUAAAUUGCCAAUUGAAAUUAUUGAAAGUUUAGAAACUAAACAAUUUUUAGCACAAAAUAAACUUCAAUUAAAAAAUAUAAAUGCAAUAAUUGCAAAAAAUACUUUAUUUUUAAAUAAAGUUAUGAAAGAUAUUGAUGAUAAAAAAAAAGAAUUACAUUAUCAUGAAGAAAAAAUGAAUGAAUUUAGUAUUAUUGGUAAUAAAAAAAUUGUUUUAAAUGAUGAUUUAAAUUUGAAUGUUGAAGAAAAUAAUGACACAAGUCGAUUUGGAGUGUUAAAAAAAAAUAUAAAAAAUUAUGAAAAUAAACGUGAAUGUAUUUGGAAAAUAAUAAGUAUUGAUUCAACAAGAAUUAUUAUUGAAUAUUAUAAAACAACAAUAUGGCUUGUUAUUGGUUUUGAUGUUCCUGAUAAUACUGAUGAACUUGAAAUGAUAAAAGGAGUUAAAAUUAUUCCAAGAUUACAUCCAAAUGAAAUAGUAAGUUUAAAAAUAACUGAUAAAUUAAUUGUUGAUCAAAUUGAUUUAGAAUAUUUAAAAGAUAAUUAUAAAACUUAUGAUGACGUUAUGAAAAUGAUUGAAUACGUUGAUGAUGAAGUUAAAUCAAUAUAUGAUUUUUAUUUUGAACUAAUUAAACUUGAAAGAAAAAAUUUAAUGGAUAUUAGUCUUGAUAAAAUAACGUUUGUCAGUCGAACAAGUAAAAUGAGAAUAAUAUUAAGAGUAACAGUAAAUGUUAAAAUAUUUUCAAAAAUUACACCUGAUGAUAUUACUGUUGAUUGUUUAUUAGGAAAUGUUAAGCACAAUGACAUAAAAAAUCUUAUAAAAAAUGUUAAGAAGAAUUAUAGAUUUUUAAAAUUUUAUAUUGAUGAUGUUCGGAAUUUUAUUGAGUUACUGGAAGAAGCUCAACGACCAAAAAACAUCUAAAAAUAUAUAUAUUUUUUUUAAAAUAAAUUUUGUAACGUUAAAAGAAUGCAAUUUAAAAAAAAAAAAACAUAAUAUAAAAUACUAAUAAUACUAAUGUAAUUUAAGAUGUAUAUAUGGAUUAAAAUAUUGAUAACAAGUAUAAUUUCUAUGAUAAUAAAAAUUUAUAUUUUAAUUUGAAAAAAAGUGAAAAAAAUUAAUCAAAUAAUUGUAAGUUUUUUAUAAAUAUUAAAAUUAUUUUACUCAAUC